AUGAAGAUAAUAUGGAGCUUAAGUUUAAUAUUCUCCCUUUUCAACUCGGUGUUUGUUUUUGCUUCUCCUGUCAAGCACUUGUGUCGUCCAGACCAGAAGGAUGCUCUUUUGGAGUUAAUGAGUGAAUUCCAUUUUAACACGGGUAUGAACUAUACCGAUUGCUGUUCUUGGGAUGGUAUUUCUUGUGAUGAUAACACGGGUAUGGUCAUUGAGUUAGAUUUCAACAGCUCUAGCCUCUGGGACAGUAGACUCAGUGGCCCUUUGAGAUCUAAUAGUAGCCUGUUUAGACUACAACAUCUUGAGAGCCUUGAUCUUAGUUGGAAUGAUAUUUCUGGUGUUCUACCAGAUUCCAUCGGCAACCUCAAAUAUUUAAGGGUUUUGAGUCUUGCUGGUUGCGAUUUCGAUGGAAAGAUUCCUUCUUCACUCAGAAAUCUUUCUUAUCUCACUGAUCUUGAUCUUUCUUAUAAUGAUUUCACCGGUGAGCUACCGGAUUCGAUUGGCUACCUCAAACAUUUGGUGGUUUUGAAUCUCCUUGGUUGCAAUAUGUUUGGAAAGAUUCCUUCUUCAAUCGGAAAUCUUUCUCAUCUCACUGAUCUUGAUCUUUCUGCUAAUGGUUUCACCGGUGAGCUACCGGAUUCGAUGGGCCACCUAAACCGGCUGAUAAUGUUGCAACUUUGGGCGAACAACCUCAGCGGGAAGUUUCCUCAUGUGAUACUUAAUAUGAGCGAGCUCACUACGAUCUACCUUUAUCUUAACCAGUUCCAAGGUAUGCUCCCGUCUAACAUGAGUAGCCUCUCUAAAUUGGUGUCUUUUGAUAUGAGUGGAAAUUCAUUUCACGGAUCUGUUCCAUCGUCUCUCUUCAUGAUCCCUUCGUUAACAGAGCUAGGCCUGGGAGAAAACCACUUCACCGGUGCUCCUGAGAUUGAGAAUAUCUCUUCACCAUCUAAAUUUGAAAGAUUAUCACUUGGAGAUAAUAAUUUCAAUGGGCCAAUCCCACGUUCUAUAUCGAAACUAGUCGGCCUCGUCUCUCUUAACCUCGCUCUAUGGAAUACAGGGAGAGCCAAGGUCGAUUUCAACAUCUUCCUUCAUCUAAAGUCCCUUGAGACGCUUGACCUCUCCUCUCUGAAUACAAGAAGCAUGGUUGACUUGAGUAUUUUCUCACAUCACAUGUCACUUAAUGUCCUUGAUCUUUCAGGGAUUAAUGUGAAGAUCAGGUCGAGUCUCCAUCUUCCCUCAACCAUAGAACAUUUGUAUUUAUCAUCUUGCAAUAUUUCUGAGUUUCCAAAAUUUCUACAAAACCAAACUGGAUUGCGGUAUUUAGACAUUUCUGCCAACCGAAUUGAAGGCCAAGUACCAGAGUGGUUAUGGAGUUUGCCAGCGUUGUGGUAUGUAAACAUUUCUCAUAAUUCCUUCAGUGGUUUUGAAGGAUCAGCGGAUGUCAUUCAAAAAAGUAUGAUAUCAAUACUUGAUAUAAGUUCGAACAAUUUUCAGGAUUUACCUUUAUUACCAAAGUCUUUGUUGAACUUUUUCGGCUCCGAAAUUGGGUUUUCAGGAGAGAUUCCUACGGCAUUAUGUGAAAUGGUUGAUCUCCAUACACUUGUUUUAUCCAACAACAACUUUACCGGUUCCAUUCCUCGUUGUUUUGAGAACUUCAAUGCUAGUAUUUCGGUCUUGCAUCUACAGAAUAACAGCCUCUCUGGUAUUCUUCCAGAGGAAUCUAUCGGUGUUGCCUUGAUAUCAGUUAAUGUUGGUCGCAACCAUUUUUCAGGAGGACUCCCCAAAUCUCUUACCAACUGCACUUUUCUCGAGUUUCUGAACGUGGAAGACAAUAACUUCAAUGACACGUUUCCUCUCUGGUUGAGGUUUCUGCCGAAUCUACAGAUUCUUGUCCUUCGUUCUAACCAGUUCAAUGGGCCAAUAUCUUCUCCUGGAAAUUCUUUGAGUUUCCCCAACAUGCGGAUCUUUGACAUUUCGGAAAAUCGCUUCACUGGAGUCUUGCCAUCUGAUUACUUUGUUGGCUGGGAUGCAAUGUCAUCGUACAACGAAAUGAAUUAUACUAUCAUAAGUCGAUUUGAAGGAGAUAUUCCGGAAUCCAUCGGUUUACUCAAGGGACUGAUUGUGCUCAACAUGUCAAACAACGCUUUCACAGGUCGUAUUCCAUCAUCUCUGGCCAACUUGAGCAAUCUCCAAUCAUUGGAUCUAUCUCACAACGGAUUAUCCGGCGAAAUCCCAACAGUACUCGUGAAACUCACAUUCUUAUCACGGGUGAACUUCUCUUACAACAUGCUCGAAGGUCCAAUACCACAAGGCACUCAGAUUCAAAGCCAGAACAGUUCUGCUUUCGCAGAGAACCCCAAGCUCUGCGGUGCUCCUCUCCAAGUAACCUGCGACAGAAAAGAAGAAGAAGAAGCAACAAAGCAAGAGGAAGAAGAAGAAGAUGAAGCAUUUAGCUGGAUUGCAGCUGCAGUAGCCUACGUACCUGGUGUUUUUUGUGGUCUCACCAUCGGUCACAUUCUCGCUUCAUAUUGA